AUGGUCGCCGUCGCCGCUGAACCUUGGAGCAGUUACCAGAGGAGUCGUGGGGAAGUGGUCGGCGGCGGAAGAAUCUUCGAGGGCGAGCGAGCGAGUGCGACCGAUCGAGGGCGAUGGCGAGCGAGUGAGGGCGAGGCUUGGGGGGUCGAAGUGCGAUGGCGAGCGAGUGAGAACAGAGGGAGUACAGGGUUGGGGGUCGGGGGAGAAGAGGCUUGGGGAGAAGAGGGUUCUGGGUCGAAGUAA